CCUGGCGUUGAUCAUUGAUUAAAUGUGCUAUGAUUACGAUAUAAUCGAUAUUUUUUGAAUUUGCCGUUAUUUACAUACAUAUAUAAAUAACUAAGACUGCGAAUUAAAAACAAUGGCCUUGAAUACUUGUUAAUGACAAAUCGGAGUAACUUACUUAAAACUUUUGAAAAUAAAACCUCCUAGACUGUGCACAACGCCUGCACGCAUAUGUACAUGCAUAUGUACAUAUCUAUGUGCCUAUGUACAUACAUACGUCCAUGGAAUCGAGACUAUGAUGGUUGUGGACUACCGAAGAACGGCUCGAAAGAGAUGCCAGUGUAUGUACAUAUGUAUGUUGUGCGAUAUGUAACUGUUAUUUACAUAUAUGCGCCAUGCUCAAGCCAGUUUGUUGCCCCUGCUCUUGCCAUUGCUUCCCCUAUGCGUCUUCGGCUUUGUUUUGCUCUCCGCCUUCCCCAGCCUCUUCUUUUGGCGUUUCCAUUUUCACAACCUGAACCCGCGACGCCGAUUCGCGCUGCACAGCCGCAGUCGCUGCUUCAGUCACUCGGGGAUUACACCUUGCGCUGCGUUUGCCGAUGUACGCUUUUUAAUUUCGGGCGGCUUUAAAAGUGUAAGCACCCUUGACGGUGACUGCGCCAGGUUUUCACAGAUUGCACUCACAACCAAAUAGGAAUUCAUGAGAUGCGACAGCAGUGUGGCAGCGUUUACACCUGGAAUUGCGCCGGGGAGCUCUAUGGCAUUGAAUGCUCUUUGUGCGAGGAGCGGCCAUUAUGCGCGUUCUCCGAAUUUCCGGAGCACAUGGACGUGUGGCACUCCGACUGGCAGGCGUCUGAAGUUGAGGACCAUGACAGUACCUCAACUGUAGCCAUUUCCGAGGAUGAGCUUAUGCAGGAGGUGCUAGCUGAGCAGCGUUCAAAUGGCGAGGAUAAUGAACUUAAGCAACAACUUGUGCAGCAAUUAAAUGCCGUUAAGGAGGCGGCGUAUUUGCGUAAUCCUAGAGAACUAUUGCUAGUUACGGAAGGACCCGAAAACCCUGUCAAAAAUGUUUUUAACAGACCAGAAAAAUGUGAACAAUUUAUUCAAACACCCACAAAGGUUGCAGAGAUCAGAAAAGAACUUAACGAGCGGCCAUCAGUUCCAGAUUCUACAAUGCAGGAGGUAUCACCCGUUGUAAAGGGCCAUCGCCUCACUACCCACCAUGUACACCGCCUGAUCGAUUUGUACCGCUCGGAGCCUCGUCUCUGGAACCAGACGCAUGAGCAAUUCCACAACAUGGAGCUCUGCCGCGACUCCUGGCGUCGGAUAACGAAUGCCUGGAGUUCUUAUUGCGGCCGAAGCUUCAGCGUGACGGACGUUCGGAUCCGCGUCUCGACGCUGUGUCAAAGAUUUCUAAAGCAAAGAGAGCGUUUGGAGGCGGACGGUGAAUUGGAAGAUGUCGCCAAGUUUGCGCAUUUCGACCAAUUGAGCUUUCUGUGCGAGCAACAAUCUUUAUUGAAACGGCAACGUCACUAUGCCCGAGAGAAUAGCCGUCUGCUGGAGUUAUACGAGCACUAUCCGGUCCUAUGGCACAAUGCACACAAGCGGGUCCGAUGUGCGAAGGCCGUACGUCAGCGGCAUGACGCUCUUCUGGGUCUCCAGAUGGCAUUGCGACUUUCGGGAAUUAGCCUGUCGCCCGUGGUUAUCCAGCGACGGUUGCAAUCGCUGCGAAAGCGAUAUCGGCUGGAAAAGAUAAGCUAUCUGCAAAGUGUGGUGGGGGGAAAGCAGGAUGAGUUUGUAUCAGAAUUCGAGCACUACGCAGAAAUGGAGUUCCUGCACAAGCACAUCGACCCUUAUGUGUGUGCUGUGUGUGGAAAAAUUUUUGAGAACCUGGUAGGUCACCAAACCCAUGUCCAGAGCAGCUGUGAGGUGAUAAAAAUGGUUAAAGCUAAGGACCAGGAGAUGGAAAAUCACAUACAAGAAGUGCUAAAUGAGGAGAAGGAUCUGUUUGGAAGAGCAAUCGAACAAUCAGUUGAAAUUUUUAAGGAAAAGUUAGAGGAACCCCUUAUGAACACUCACUUGGGUACCAUAGAGGUUAAAUAUCGCCGUGUACCAAGCCUGGCGGAGGCCUGUGCGGCUGCACAGUUGGAAGAUUCAAACGAUCUAGAUACCUCUAUAAACAUCAUUGAUAAUGAUCUAGCAGAGGAGAGACUUCCACUACGUUUGACUAUUCCAGAAGCUCAAGACCUAAUUCGCCUGUAUCGAUCUCAUGUGUGUCUCUGGGAUCCGAAUCACCUGGACUACCACUCCCGCAAACAGCGUAGACUGGCCUGGCAAACCAUAACGGGGAAGCUGAAGUCUAAGGCCGGGCAGCGCCUCUCCUGGCAAACGUUACACCGCAAAAUCACUGAUUUCACCAAGUACUACCGCAAAGAGAGACAAAGGAAAUUCAAGGAAAAGGACAUUAAUUCAAAUUGGAAUCUGUUUGAUGAGUUUCACUUCCUGGAUGAUGUACUGCCCAUCAGCAGCGAGAUUCAAAAGAACGGGAAACAACGGGAUAGCAACCUGAAGAUCAUCACCGUUUAUCAGGGCUAUGCGCAGCUCUGGUGCACAGAUCACCCGGAUUAUACAAAGCGACGACAGCGUCAGAGGCACCUGGAAUCCUUGUGCACUAGACUGCAGGAGGAGUGCAAUCUGCAGAUGACGUUGGAGCGUUUAAAGAGUCGGCUCAUAGAAUUUCGCUGCCAGUAUCGCCACUGCAAGGAGGCCCGAAUGGCAGCCGAGAACAAAUCGGAACCGUGGACCCCUAACUAUGAAUUCUAUGAGCCGCUGCGUUUCCUCGAGCUGCAUGUUGCGCCCUUUCAGUGUCCCAGGUGUCCAGAUUCCUUCAAACGACGAACGGAUUACCUACAGCACGAGCGGAAAGUCCAUGGCGAUUCUGAAAAGUUCUUGGACGGCGAUUUUUACUACUUGCGGCGACGUAAAAACAGGAAACUAAACGAGGAGGAUGAUCUGCAGCAGGAUCAGAACCUGGCCCAUAUAUGCCAUAUUUGUGGACUAAAGUUUUCGCAAAGGAACAGUCUAUUAGCGCAUCUCCGUCGACAUUUGGGCCAAAGAACCCACGUUUGUACCGACUGCCCUAAGAAGUUCUUUAGCUCGACGGCUUUGCGGGUCCAUCAGAGGAGUCACACCAAGGAACUGCCCUACGUGUGUGAGCAUUGCGCCCGAGGAUUCGUGAAUGCCAGCAAGUUAAAUCAGCAUGUUAAGCGACACAGAAACCAGCGGGACUUUUCAUGCAAUAGAUGCGACAAGGCGUUUUAUACCGCCCACGAGAGGGACCGUCACUUGCGUGCCCAUCUAAAUAUUCGGGACAAGGUGUGUCCAUACUGUUCACGGGCGUUUGUUGUGGGCAGUGCCUACUACGCCCAUCUAAACCUCCAUCGCUCCGAGAAGCGCUACGCAUGCGAGGCCUGCGGCAAGAGGUUCGCCCAAUAUGCUGGACUAUACAAACACCGUAGGCGAUGUCUACCAGCUGAAGUUAUGGAGGAGUGACUCUUAUGUCUACAUUCUCCCUUAACAUUUGCAAGAAGUUCAUUAAUUUAUCUUUAUCAUGUAUUUUACCAUUUAUGCAUUUGUUAUGUUUCUAGCAUUAAGAAUAUGUUUAAGUAUACAGAUGUUUUAUUGUAAAUUGUAUUUAAAUUUUUCUGUACCCAAAUUAUUAUGUAUUAUCCAAAAACGCACUUCGUCUUGUCUAGUUAUUUACAACAAAUGUAAAUUUGAAAUCUUUAAAUGGACCCAAAGGUUAGUGCAAAUUCUAAUGCUUUCCGUUGGAACCCUAAAUAUUUAAAACCGGUGAUGCCAAAGUAUAAAUGCAAAUUCCCAAACCGCUUCAAGCAAUAUAAA